CGUCUGAAGGAGGAAGGGAGGAGUGGCAAGCUUCGCGGUGGUGGCCAGACUGCUCCGGUUUACCGCCUUCGGAACGCCAAACGUCAAACUCCCACCUCUCCCCUCGCUGACAUCCUCAAUCGCCCCGCGGCCGUGAAUCCUCGGCACCACCGACGUUCCAAAUCCGCUGGUGGCAGCAAGGCGGUCUGGUUGGAGCAUAAGGAGGUCUUUGCUGCGCCGCUGGGCACCAUACUGACGCCCUCAAUCAAGGCGCGCAAGUCGGCCACUCAGUUUGAGCUCAAGGACACCCUGGUGGCGACUGACUACCUGCUGCAUCACCAAACCACCGAUCCUGAGGGCAACGUGGAAACGCAACUUUUUAAGGGCUCCAUUUUGCCUACGGCCGGCGGGGGCUCUGCUGUCAUCUUCAAUGAUGUCGAGGAACUGCGACAGAAAUCCCCCCUGAGGAUUAGCCUGUGA